UUACAUCUCUGAAACGAUUAUGCAAUCGCUCUGUGCAAAUUGCAUGGCUUUGAGGAAGCCGGAAAAGUUCAACACCUGCCAAAAAAGCACAACGAUAGGGCCUCUUCGGGACGACUGCCGAAUCUGAUACUGUGACACCUUGUAACAAUCAACAUUAACUUCAAACCGUUUAGCUUGGCGACUUUCGAACCAGGCCCACUAGGCUUCCACCCCAGCCGGGCCAGUUUCAUGUAUCAUCAACAUUUUUUGUAUAUAUAUCAAUCGACAACCGCGUGAUAUCUGUACUCUAGUUACCGCUAGCAUGUCUUUUCUCACACGGCCAGACGUUCUCGCUACAGCAGCAAUAGGCUACCUCGCCACAGUUCGCUACUUCCGCAACCAACGCAAAACUCAAAAACAUCAGCUCUACAAACACGAUGACCUUUCUGCAAUAACUCUGGAGGACGCACAAGAGAUACAACUUUACCUCUACGAACUCGAGUUUCCAUUCAUAGCGCAAAAGGCACUAGAGUUUGCUUUGUUCCGCACUUAUGGCAUCCCUUCCAUCAGUGGUUUGCUUAUGCACACAAAACAACUAUCCUCGAAAGCACACUCCUCAAAACGAAUGACUGAUACAUCAAUCCUUAUGCUGGAAACUAUCAAGAAUCCUCCUGGAAGCAAGCGGGCGACUGAAGCGCUGGCGAGGACAAACUUCUUGCAUAGUCUUUACGGUGCCAAGAUUUCGAACGAUGAUAUGCUGUAUACCCUGGGCUUAUUUUUGCUGGAGCCCGUUCGCUGGAUCAACAAACAUGAGUGGAGGCAAUUGACUGAUACGGAAAUUGCUGCUAUGGGACUGUUCUGGUUGAAGGUUGGUGAAGGCAUGAAGAUUGACGUCUCUUGUUUGCCUGGACAGAAGAAUGGGUGGAAGGACGGACUGCAAUUCAUGAAAGAGCUGGAGAAGUGGUCUGACGAUUAUGAGGUGAAAUAUAUGGUGCCAGCUGAGAGUAAUAAGUUGACUGCUGAUCAUACGACCGAUCUUUUGCUGUAUGCUGUUCCUGAUGCUUUCAAGGAUGCAGGUAGGAAGGUCGUAAGCGCUUUGAUGGACUCACGAUUGCGGAGAGCUAUGUUGUACAACAAUCCGCCAGCCAUGCUCCAAUGGCUAGUGGACACGGGACUUGCGACUCGGAAGCUGAUUCUACGACACCUCGUCCUACCACGCCCAUUCAGUCGGCGCAAGCAAAUCAUUGCUGACAAUGUCAACGAGAAUGGUAAAAUUCACAAGCUGAUUUGGGACACGGAGCCUUGGUAUGUCGAGCCAACCUUUGCAAACCGCUGGUGUCUCCAAUCAUGGAUCGACUGGCUAGCUGGAAGACCGAUACCCGGCGAUGAAGGUGACAAGUUCUUCCCCCAAGGCUACAAAUCUGCAGUCAUGGGUCCUGCUUUCCUCGCAGGCAAGGGGCUCGCACAGGCAGAGAAGGACGAGGAGCAAAUACGAAACAUCAUGAGAGCUGAUGCCACGAUAGCUGGCUGAGUAUAUGCUGGUCAGAUGCUGUGAUCGAUAGAUGUUUACCCAGUGGUCUCUUGCCCUCACCCAGUAAUUUUAUGGCCGAGCAAUUGUAAAACAACACAUCGAAAUAAGCAACAUCCAUGAUAUCUCGAGACUAAGGUGUCCAUCUGAAACAUCCUCGGAUAAUCU